UUAAAACCAUAGCUUGUAUAAACAAUUCACUAAUAUAUUAAUAUUUUUUUACAGUUAAAACUUUUAUUCACUGCAGCAGACGACAAAACAAAAUAAACAAAGGGACAGCGGCAUUUUCAUGCUAAGUUAAAAGAAAAAUUCACAGUAUUUUGCAAUCAUGGCUUCCUCUGGAAUCAUUAAACGACUGGAUGAAACAGUUGUCAAUAGAAUUGCAGCUGGUGAAGUUGUGCAAAGGCCAUCCAGUGCUUUGAAAGAAAUGAUUGAAAAUAGCUUGGAUGCAAAGUCUACCAGUAUUGUAAUUACAGUGAAAGGAGGUGGAAUUAAAAUGCUACAAAUUCAUGACAAUGGUUCAGGAAUAAAAAAGGAAGAUUUGGAUAUAGUUUGUGAAAGAUUCACUACUAGUAAGCUUGAAAAAUAUGAAGAUUUAUCAUCAAUAGCAACAUUUGGCUUUCGAGGGGAGGCACUAGCAAGUAUCAGUCAUGUGGCUCAUGUAACAAUUACAACCAAAACUGAAGAUUCUAAAUGUGCUUAUAAAGUUCAAUAUCGUGAUGGCAAGCCUCUACAUGCACCUAAACCUUGUGCUGGAAAUAAGGGAACUCAAAUUUUAGUCGAAGAUCUAUUUUAUAAUAUGAGUGUGAGAAAAAAUGCUCUGAAAAAUGGCUCUGAGGAGUAUGCAAAAAUAGCAGAAGUUGUUGGGCGCUAUGCCAUACAUAAUUCUGGUAUUGCAUUUGCCUUAAAAAAGCAAGGAGAAGGAGGCAGUGAUAUUCAAACUUUGAAAGAUGCAUCAGCGAGAGACAAUAUUCGAACAAUAUUUGGUGCCAAUGUUGCACGUGAACUUCUUGACUUAGAAAUAGAAGAUUCAAGAUUGAAGUUUAAAGCUAAAGGUUUAAUAUCAAAUGCAAACUAUUCUGUAAAGAAAUGCUCUUUUCUUCUAUUUAUAAAUCAUCGAUUAGUUGACAGUUCACCAAUGCGAAAAGCUAUUGAAUCUGUAUAUGCUGCAUAUUUGCCUAAACAUAUGCAUCCUUUUCUAUACUUAAGUUUAGAAAUUGCACCUCAAAAUGUUGAUGUAAACGUCCACCCUACAAAACAUGAAGUUAAGUUUCUAAAUGAAUCUGAAAUAUUUGAAAAACUACAACAAGCAGUUGAUUCAAAAUUACUGGGUUCUAAUACUUCUCGAGCUUUUUUAACUCAGACAUUACUACCUGGAGCACCUGUCACUGUUGAUGACCAGUCAAAGGAACCUACAACAUGUCAUGAUUCUUCAAAAGACAAAAAAAUUUAUGACCACCAACUUGUCAGAACUGACUCUAAAGAAAGGAAGUUGGAGGCAUUUUUUUGUACACCUCCUUCUGAAAUUACAAACCCAUCAAAUGAAGAAAAAGGAAAUGAUAAAAAGAAUUGUGAUGAAGUUCCACAAAGAGUUGAAAUACAAUUAACGAGUGUAUUAGAACUUCGGGAGGAAAUAGAAAAAAACUGCCAUGCAGGUUUGCAUGAAAUUCUGCAGAAUCUGACAUUUGUAGGUUGUGUUGAUCAAAAGUAUGCUUUAUUUCAACACAACACUAAGCUUUAUCUGGCAAAUACUCAUGAAAUAAGCAAAGAACUUUUUUAUCAAAUUAUGCUGAAAGAUUUUGGAAAUUUCGGUGCACUUCGUCUUUCUAAUCCAGCACCGAUUUCUGAGUUAGCUAUGUUGGCUUUGGACAACGAAGAGAAUGGGUGGACAGUGGCAGAUGGACCUAAAGAGGAUUUGGCUAAAUAUGUUGUGAAUCUCUUGAAGUCAAAGGCACCCAUGUUGGAUGAAUAUUUCUCUAUCGAAAUUGAUGAGGAGGGGAAUUUAUUGACCUUGCCUUUACUUUUGGAUAACUAUGAUCCACUAAUGAUGAAUUUGCCAAAUUUGAUUCUUCGAUUAGCCUCUGAUGUAGAUUGGUCUUCAGAAAAAGAAUGUUUCAAUUCAUUCUGUCGUGAAAUGGCUUCUUUCUUUGCAGUACCUAAUGAACGUAUGUUUUUAGAGAAAUCAGCUAAUAGCGAGGAGUCUUCCGACAGAUCAUUAACAAAAUGGACUGUUGAACAUGUAAUUUAUGCAAAUGUUAAAUCCCAACUUCGACCACCAAAUAAGUUUUCUACUGAUACUUCGAUCUUACAAAUUGCCAAUCUACCUGAUUUAUAUAAGGUCUUUGAAAGGUGCUGAAAACGAUUCUUAGUAAUGAAAGUGUAAAUAAUCUUAAACAGAAACUAUUCCUGGUAAUGAAAGUGUAAAUAAUGUAAAUAAACUUAUACAAAAACACCA